GGGGCGCCCCCCGCCCCGCCGCCGGUGCUCCCGGGCGAGCUGCGCCAGGUGACGCUGCGCCGGAGCAAAGCCCACGAGGGUCUGGGCUUCAGCAUCCGCGGCGGUGCCGAGCACGGCGUGGGCAUCUACGUGUCGCUGGUGGAGCCGGGCUCCCUGGCCGAGCGGGAGGGGCUGCGCGUCGGCGAUCAGAUCCUGGGGGUCAACGGCAAGUCCCUGGACAGGGUGACCCAUGCCGAGGCGGUCAAGGUGCUGAAGGGCUGCAAGAAGCUGAACCUGGCGGUGCACUCGGUGGGGCGCAUCCCCGGGGGCUACGUCACCAACCACAUCUACACCUGGGUGGACCCGCAGGGCCGCAGCGUGUCCCCCCCCUCGGGGCUGCCCCAGCACCAGAGCAGCUCCCUGCGCCGCGACGGCGACAAGAGGAGCCACCUGCAGCUGCUGCAGGAGGGCGACGAGAAGAAGGUGAAUCUGGUCCUGAAUGAAGGGAAAUCCCUGGGCCUCAUGAUCCGAGGAGGGGCAGAAUAUUCCCUGGGCAUCUACAUCACGGGUGUGGACAAGGGCUCCGAGGCAGAGAGCACUGGCUUGAAGGUGGGAGACCAGAUCCUGGAGGUGAACGGGCGGAGCUUCCUGAGCAUCCCCCACGACGAGGCGGUGAAGCUGCUCAAGUCCUCGCGGCACCUGAUGAUGACGGUGAAGGACAUCGGGCGCCUGCCCCACGCCCGCACCACCGUGGACGAGACCCGCUGGAUCUCCAGCUCCCAGCUCGGGGAGACCCUGCUCAGCUCAGCGGGGGCGGUGGGUGACCAUGCCAUGGACGUGGCAGCCAGGCCCGUGUUCUACCGGGGGCUGGCGGGCUCGCAGGUGACCCUGAGCAGCAUGGUGAACCAGACCCGGGUGAUGCUGGAGGAGCAGGCACGGCACCUGCUCAACGAGCAGGAGCGGGCCACCAUGGGCUACUACCUGGACGAGUACAAGGAGGGCAACAUCUCCGUGGAUGCUCUGGUCAUGGCCCUGUUCGAGCUGCUCAACACACACGCCAAGUUCUCGCUGCUCUCCGAGGUGCGGGGGGUGAUCUCCCCACAAGACCUCGACCGCUUCGACAGCCUGGUGCUCAAGAGGGAGAUCGAGUCCAUGAAGGCGCGGCAGCCGGCGGGGCCCGGCGCCGACUCCUGCUCCAUGAUGUCCUACAGCGACACCGUCUCGUCCUCCAGCAGCCACUUCACUGCCACCACCGUCAGCUCGGCACGGGAGCGGCUGCUGUGGCUCAUAGACCUGAUGGAGAACACGUCAGAGCUGGAGGGAGCUGGGGACUGCCACCAGGGCAGCAUCAACACCCUGCCAGAUGUGUCCCUGGAUGAUCUCUCCUCCUUCCCAGAGGAGCCACCCAACUUCAAGCCUCCUCCUCCCCCGUCAGCCCCCCAGACCCUGGACCCCUCCUGCGCCCAGCACCGGCUCCCAGCGAAGGACAAGCCCAAGCGCCCCUCCUCCGAGUCCUCCCAGUCCGGCCUGUUCUUCGUGGCCCCCCGAAACCCCUCUCCCCCUGCCCAGCCCCCCGAGAAGGACACGGUCAGCGUCGCCUCCACGGCCUCCACGUGCACCGAGGACUCUGCCCCCAGCGCCAUCUACGGGGCCUCCACGCUCUCCCAGCUGUCGGACAGCGGGCAGACGCUCAGCGAGGACAGCGGGGUGGACAUCGGGGAGGUGGAGACGAGCGGCAAGGACAAGAGCCGGCAGCCGGGCGCCGGGAGGAGCCGGAGCCUCAAGGAGGCGGCGAGGAGCGAGGGGGCGGCAGAAGGGGCCGCCAAGCCGCCAGGGCUCCUGGAGCCCACGUCGUGUCUGAUCCGGGUGUCCAAGAGCGCUCCCACCCUGGGCAUCGCCAUCGAGGGCGGCGCCAACACGCGGCAGCCGCUGCCCCGCAUCGCUCUCCUGCAGCGGGGGGGCUCGGCACACAACUGCGGGAAGCUGAAGGUGGGGCACGUCAUUCUGGAGGUGAACGGCACCGGGCUGAGAGGGAAGGAGCACCGGGAGGCCGCACGCAUCAUCGCCGAGGCCUUCAAGCUGAAGGACAAGGACUACAUCGAUUUCCUGGUCACGGAGUUCAACGUGGCCCUUUAGGAGCGGGGCUGGGGAGCCCUGGGGCGGGGAUGGAGGUGUGACAGCAGCGUUCCCCUGGCCGGCCCCGCACGCGCAGACACCCCCGGCUUGUCCCCAAACGUCCCCACGGCCUCGCACGGGGCAGGCUGAGAACGGGUGCAUCCCUCCCGGUCUCCGUCCCUGCCCUCUCCCCCCGGCCAGCCUGGGAGCGGGGCAGGAGCGCGGCGCAGUCUGGGUGUCCCCGCUGUCAUUUGAGUGCCACACGCGCAGCAGGCGGGCCCCUGGAGGGAGUUCUGGGGUUUGCUGCUCCCCUGGGUGCUCCCCAAGGUGCCCAGGGGGGUGGGGAUGCAGAGAGAGCAACCGGAGGCCUUGUAAAUCGCUGGCAAUGUCGUCGUAUUUAUAUAUACAGAGCUUGUGCUUUUAAUUUUUCAAUAAAUCUA